AUGCCCAAGUUGGCCUCCAACCGUCACAUCACCCACAAGUCCUUCUCUGUUCGCAAACAACAGGUCCAGUGGGGCGCUUUCCCUCGUUGGCUCCGUCACCAGCUGUGUCAGGAAGUGCAGAGCUUCAUGAAGUUCAUGAAUCAGCAGGUUGUACGAGCCUUCUCUGACUACAUGUCCUGGGAGAUUCUCAAGAAUGAAAAUUACAGAGAAGAAAUGAAACAGAAAAUCAAAGAUAUAUCUGAAAAGGAUAAGCUGCUCCAGGCCAAGGAGUACCAGGAGGGACUUGUUGCUGAACCAGUUCAUACUCAUGUUAAAGGCCACGCAUCAGCCCCUUACUAUGGAAAGAAAGAGCCUUCGCAAGACCCAACAAGCACUGCAAGUACCUUUCAGCCAGGCUCCUGGAUGCCACCAGGCAGCGGCAGUAGUCACAAGAAAUAA